AUGGAGUCCAAGAGAUCUUUGAACGAUUACCAGCUCCCUCCUGGUAAGACCGCCGUGGUUAUUGGCGCUACGACAGGCAUAGGUGCUGCGGUAGCUCGUAAGCUAUCUUCGGUUGGAUGUUCAAGGGUGAUCAUUUUGGGUAGGAACGAAGAGCGAGGGCUGAAGGUAAUCAAUCGGAUGAAACAACUCUCAGAGGAGAAGGUACAAGCCGAUUUCGUCAAAGGUGAUAUCUCAUGUAUGGAAGGGAUCAAAAAUGCGUUCGAUAGCAUUAAAAGCGCUCUGAGUGAUGUUCAGGUGGAUUAUAUUGUCAUGUGUCAGAAUGGUCCUCCCACUGGUACAAUCAACCUAAAUGAAGAUGGCGAAGGAACAGAAUUCACCAUCCAAGUGACCUCUCGAUUCCUCCUUGCUUAUCUGUUCGCUAGCCACGCAUUGAUAUCUCAAGGAGGAAAAGUAAUGUUCAUCGCCAAUCCUGGAUUAUCGUAUGAUAAACUAGAUAUAAGUGAUCUAAGCCUGAAGAAGCUCGCUGAGAAUGGGAGAAGCAGAGCUCUGUUGACUGUGGAUCAGUCAAUGAGGGACAGUACCGUGCUGGACAGUGUAGUACUAGUAUUUAACGAACGAUACCCUCAAUACACCUUUUAUCAUGUUCAUCCAGGUAUGUCCGUACAGUGA